CCUUGCAUCUCCCUCCACUGUCUCUGUCUCGGAAUCGGUCUCACCACCACUACCACCGUCACCAGCAGCAGCAGCAGCAGCAGGACCACUCGAGCGAUAUGGAAAUUGAGCCCAGACCCUCAAGUCCAUUACUUGCUGCGAGCAAACAUCCUGCCUUUGUUCCGGAUCGAUCAUGUCCCACGCGAGAGCAUUCCCCCUCCUCUUUAGGAGUCAACGAGCCUGCUCACUCGCUCGGCCGGCAUCAACCUUCAACCCUCGUGUCCUCCGCUGGUGUAACAAUCGAUGGGCCCUUGGCCUCGGUCAGUGGCAACACCGACGGGUUUAUACCAGGAGGCUAUGCUGAUGUCAAACACAGGAGAGAUCGGGACAACAAGGUCCAUGCAGACGAGGAAGAGGAGGAGGACGAAGUCAUGUCCGUUGGUGUUGUGCAUAUGAAUGCAAAGUUGGCACCGGUCACUCUCUCUCCUCAGGGCAAGACAAGGUCCUCGAAUAAGUCCUCGCUCCCGUUGCCACCGCUGCCACCAUCGAUAUCGACCUCAGCCUCUGUCCUACAUCAGGACCAGGACUCCCCAAAGACACCGACCAGCGCAAGGACGCCACGAACACCUAAGCAGACCAGGGCGCCAAAGCUACCAAAGAUCCCACGGACGCCAAAACGCAGCCAAAGCGACUAUCAACCCAACAGCAGCGGUGUUGGCAGUGGGGGUCGAGGCAGGGGUAACCAGCGGGAUGGUCAUGGCGACUACUUUUUCUCACCCUUCCCGCCAUCAGCCUCGCCUGCAUCUUCGCCAUCCUCCUCAUUGUCCUUUCAAGCUCAGCUCCAAUCGUUGACCCACAACUUUGUCUCUGUUCAGGCUCAUGCUUCUCCGACGAGCCGAUUCCGCCGAACACUGUCAUCUCAUACUGCUGCCGCAACCGUACCUGUGGCUACGACUGCGACUGCGAUUGCAACUGCAACACCACCAGUCUCGCCACCAGUCUCGCCAGGAGUGGAUCUGAUUCGGGAUUUGCCAUUCCAUUUCGGCUCUGCCUCUGCAACGACUUCGCCGACAAAAGGAAGCAGCUAUUCCUCGUCAAAUGCACAGGGCACAGCACCUUCAACCCCAACCUCGACUACGUUUUCGCGUCCUGGUUCCAAAGUCAACACACCCCUGCGGACACACUUCAAACCGCGAUGGCACACUCAGCCCUAUAUGAUGUUCCUGGCACUGCGGGCUAUGCCUGACCGGACAGCUGCACGACAAGAGUUAAUCAUGGCGGCCGUUGAGCUGGACAAAAAGUUUAGCGCGGAAAAGGGUCUUCCACGUGUCUUUACUGGCAAAACGCCAAUGAAUUCGGCCUCGGCGUGCCUAACGAACAACGGUGACAAGUACUUUAUACCUUUCAAGCCGGAGGGCAGCAGGAGCACACACUUUCAGCUUGCGUACGAACCGGGAGAUUUCGACACGGCCGUGAAGGAGUACAAUGACUGGAUGGAGCAGUUGAUUCGAAGAGAUUGGCCACUCUGCUUUGGUGUCCCCAAGAAAGAUGCACUGCCUCUGGAGAUGGAGGAGCAGGCGGGUUCUCAACGAGUAGUCAUCAAGGAGGGCCGACCAGAGAUGCAGCGUGCAUACUCCUCACCGGAAUCCAGGAAGCGUGGCGCGGAUGUGAGCGAGCAGGGGCAGGAGACGAAACUGGGAAAUAGCAAGAAACUCAAGGCCGAGACUGGAACCGAGGAUGAGAAUGAAAACGAGACACUGAAGCACGAAUCGAUCGAGAGCCGAGAAGAACGGAAGGUCGCGGAUAGUAUGCAGCGGCUAGAUAUCAAAGCGGCAGGAAGUUAUGAUGGGUCGUUAUCUUGCCCUCCGACACCCACAGCGACUAAUUCAGCAGCAGCGAUCGAGCCGUCGGAAGAGCGUCCGAAGGUGCAGAGAUUCCGUCUUGAGGACCUCGACCUUCAGAAUGUGCCGACUUGCUUGGAGGACAUUGUACGAGUUGAUGUCUCCAUGAUCCCAAAUGCCGGCAACGGGCUGUUUGCGAAGACAGAUUUGCCGGCAGGAACACCUCUGGGCUUUUAUUUUGGCGUGCCGUUGACGGAAAAUGAGUUUGACUCGCUUAAGGAUGGUGUUGGAUUGGCCUCGCAGUACUCGGUAAUGUACCGGCGGACGGUGCUCGAUGCGACGGACGAUGAUGGACAGCCGUACACUGACCCGAAUGGACCUGUAUACUGUCCGUUCCAUUUCAUGAACGAGGAUCCGGAUGGGAAUGUGUCGUUUAUCACGGGUAGUGUUGUGAACCAAGUGAUCUGUACGACGAAUCGAGAUAUCAAGGCCGGCGAGGAGUUGUUGGUGUUUUUUGGAAGGGAGAUGGUAGACCGAUCGUGGGGUCUGCAAGCGCAGGACGCAGCAGCGGCGGCAGGGAUGGGUUCGGGCGCGGGUGAGACGAUGGAGGGAAAGAGAAGUCGAGGCGGAUCGAGGUCAAGAGCGUCGUCGCCGACGAGACGGCCUGCUGAAGAUGGUGGGCGGCCACGAAGAGAAACCGUUCACAAACCUGUGCGAUACACGCGCUAAGGAUGAGUCGUCCAUCUACAAUCCUCGAUCACUCGUAUAUGUUCAUUAUGUUCUUGCUCUUGUUCUUGUUUUUGUAUUUUUUUUUUUUUUUU